AUGAUUAAUACUUAUCAUACUCAGAAGAUGUUCCACCCAAUCCUGAAGCGCUUCAAUUACAAAGAGAUAUUCCUAAGCUGUCCACUGCUUCCAAACAAGAAAUCGAAGAAGUGGACGAACUUUGUAAUAGGCGCCAAGGUCAAGACGCCUCAUUUCCAAUGGCGGCUCAACUAUAAAUGGACCCUCGCUUGGCGUGUCGACAUUCCUUGUUUCAUAGGAUUAGCAGUCGGAGAUAGCUUGGAAGACUGCGUUUCCGAAAAUGCAUUGCUUCAGAGCUGUUCAUUCGUGUAUAGACCUGUUUGUGGUAGUUCUCAGACCCAGAACAAAGUUGAAACUUUUUCUAACAAAUGUAGCCUCGACAUCAGAGUGCUAUGUGAAGGAGAAGAUUGGAAGAUCAUAAAUUAUGGUGUAUGUCAGAGAAGACAUGGGAAAAAGUGAGAUAAAGACUCGCCUCAAAAAGAAGCUGAUAUGAAAUAACUCUGUCAAUAUGAUGUAAUUUUAACUUAAAUGUAUAACGGUUUUGAUUGUGUUUUAAAAAUUGAUAGCCUGUGUUUAUUUUUAUUAUAUCCUUAGCAAUACUCAAUCGAAUAAUCAUUUAUACUUAUUUCAUUCACCUGACUUAAACAACUAGCAUAAUAUUGAUUUUUAAA